AUGCCUUCCUACAUCGUUACCUGCAAGGACGACGCGUCCGACGAUCAGGUCAAGUCUGCCAAACAGCACGCCAUUGACCAGGGCGGCAAGAUCACCCACGAGUACAGUCUCAUCAAGGGCUUCGCUGUUCAGUACGAUGACGACAAGAUCCAAACGCUUGAGAACCACGAGCACGUCAAGGCAGUCGAGCCCGAUGGCGAGAUGAAGACCCAACACGGUCGGCCUCCUCUAUCCUCUAAGUCUCUCCUCUCAUCCGCAAAUUUUGCCCUAUCUCUUCUGCCCGUGCGCCUCGCCCAUCGUAUUCAGGCGCUUCGAAACCUCCCUUACAUCGUCGUUGCGAACCCGAACAUCUCACGUAUAUACAACAACUACCUCCAUUCUUUAUCAAUACUCCUUCCAUACUGGCACGCGACCCGUGAAGGACGACCAAUCUCGACUCUCGAAGACGAGAUACGCUUUACAAAUGUACUGGCCGAGCUCGUUGCGACACACACCGAUACUAUUCCCAUUCUUGCAAAGGGCUUCCUUGAAUGUCGACGAUAUAUAUCUCCCGAAGAGGUAACGAAAUUCCUCGACCAGCACCUCCGCGCUCGAAUCGGUACGCGCCUCAUUGCCGAGCAGCAUAUUGCACUACAUUUCAGUUCUCAGCCGCACUUUGACCCCAAUGCUAGUCCAACACCGUGCCCUGAUGAUCCCUCGUACAUUGGAGUCAUCGACACAGCUCUUCGCCCCGCACAAAUAGUAGAGUCAUGUGCUGGCUUCGUCGCUGAUAUAUGUGAGCUUCGAUAUGGCGUCCGGCCUCUUCUCUAUAUUCAUGGCGAGCCAGACACCACAUUCGCAUUUGUCCCCAUGCACCUCGAGUACAUAGUUACUGAACUGCUGAAGAAUGCAUUCCGUGCUACAAUUGAGAACAAGUCUAACGAGCCUGUAAUCGUCACGAUCGCACCAGAGCCUGCCUUGACCGAAGAACCCUCGACAGCAUCUUGGUCAAAUUCAUCGACCAAAAACAGCGAUUCGCCCUCAAAGGACAGCCGAAACAACAAUAACGAUGCGAUAGUCCCUCUCGAUGAUAAUGCUCCAGGAGUGACGAUUCGUAUUCGCGAUCGUGGUGGCGGGAUUCCACCGGAAGUCAGCCCGAAUAUCUGGUCGUACUCGUUCACCACCUUCUCCGAUGACAUGGAUGACUUCCCAGGAGAUGGAAACGGUGGCGACGGUCUCAGUGCGAUAUCAACUGCCAGCACCGGUGGUAGUUCCAUUGCCGGGUUAGGAUACGGACUACCUCUGAGCAGAGCAUACGCCGAGUACUUUGGAGGUGGCAUUGCGGUCCAGAGCCUAUAUGGCUGGGGAACGGAUGUAUACCUACGAUUAAAGGGCGUUGGAAAUCUGGGUAAGAAGUAG